UCAUACAAACAUAAAGAUUUCACCUUGAUAAAGUCGUUAUAGUAAUGUGAAUAAUGGCAAAAUCCAUCUCCAGAAACUGAAAUCAUUUGGUAAACGCUCCAAUCCAAUGCAACGGCGGAGUAAAUCAACGGCAGCCGUCGUGUUGCCUCUUUUUCUCAUCAUCCCACUUUUCUCCACGGUAACAGGACAUGAGGUUGAGAGUUCAAGUAAGUUUCCCUUAGUAAUCAGCACAUGGCCUUUUUUAGAAGCUGUUAGAGCUGGAUGGAAGGCUAUCAAUGCUGGAUUAUCUUCUGUCGAUGCGGUUGUGGAAGGUUGUUCCGUUUGCGAAGUACUUAGAUGUGAUGGCACGGUUGGACCUGGUGGAAGCCCGGAUGAGAAUAGUGAAUCUACAAUCGAUGCUUUAAUCAUGAAUGGGGCAACAAUGGAGGUUGGAGCUGUUGGUGCCAUGAGAUAUGUGAAAGAUGGCAUAAAAGCUGCAAAGUUGGUAAUGCUCUACACAGAACACACCAUGCUUGUGGGUGAUCAAGCCUCGGCCUUUUCCAUUUCAAUGGGUCUUCCAGGGCCUUCUAAUCUUAGCUCAACUGAAUCCAUGGAAAAGUGGAGUAAAUGGAGAGAAGAUCAAUGUCAGCCUAAUUUUAGGAAAAAUGUUGUACCUACCAACAGCUGUGGUCCUUAUCAUCGAAAAAAAGAUGUAAUUCUUGGUGAGAGGACACAUUUGGUGGACGAUGAUGUGGAAAAUAUUCUGAUGAAAUCAUCUCAUGUGAAUUUUCACAACCAUGACACGAUAUCCAUGACAAUAUUUGAUAAAUCUGGACACAUUGCUGUUGGUACAUCCACCAAUGGUGCUAGUUUUAAGAUCCCUGGCAGGGUUGGUGAUGGACCGAUCGCUGGAUCUUCUGCAUAUGCAGAUGAUGAAGUUGGAGCUUGUGGUGCAAGUGGUGAUGGUGAUAUAAUGAUGCGUUUCCUACCAUGUUAUCAAGUGGUGGAAAGUAUGCGAUUAGGAAUUGAGCCAAGGCUUGCUGCCAAAGAUGCAAUAUCACGAAUAGCAAAGAAGUAUCCGAACUUUGUGGGCGCUAUCUUUGCAGUUGACAAGAACGGCACACAUGCUGGUGCAUGUUAUGGAUGGACGUUCCAGUACUCUGUCAGAGGCCCAAAUAUGGAUGAUGUGGAGGUUUUCACUGUAUAUCCUUAGCAUGCAGCAUAAAGAUUUUUCUGCAUAAUGCACUAAAUUAGUGUGUCAUUGAUUCUGGUUAUACUUACUGCAAACAUGUUUGAUUUAUUCAAAAUGUCAAAUGAUGUUAUGUCAACGUUAAUGGUCAUUUCUUCUCUAUUGGAAUGUGUUGUGUAAAGUUUGAUCCCAUUUUGUUUUAGUGGAACAUUCUCAGUUUA